AUGGAAAAACAUCUCCAACCCAACUUCACCCUUCCUUCAAGGGCAAGUGUGAAAAUGGAAAAAACAUCUCCAACCCAGCUUCACCCUUCCUUCAAGGACAAGCGUGGAAACGGAAAAACAUCUCCAACCCAGCUUCACCCUUCCUUCAAGGACAAGCGUGGAAACGAAAAAACAUCUCCAACCCAGCUUCACCCUUCCUUCAAGGAUAAGUGUGGAAACGGAAAAACAUCUCCAACCCAACUUCACCCUUCCUUCAAGGAUAAGCGUGGAAACAGAAAAACAUCUCCAACCCAACUUCACCCUUCCUUCAAGGACAAGCGUGGAAACGGAAAAACAUCUCCAACCCAGCUUCACCCUUCCUUCAAGGAUAAGUGUGGAAACGGAAAAACAUCUCCAACCCAACUUCACCCUUCCUUCAAGGACAAGCGUGGAAACGGAAAAACAUCUCCAACCCAGCUUCACCCUUCCUUUAAGGAAAAGUGUGGAAAUAGAGAAAAGAAACAAUCCUAG